CGCCAGGAUUAGAGGUUUGCCGCCAGUGUCUGCUCAUAGGAAAAAAGACAGAGGACCCCAAAAAAAAAUAUAUAUAUAUAUACAUAUAUAUAUACACGGAAUAUAAGACAGACUUCACUUGACACAUUUUGGCAGUUCACCUCAUCGCCAAGUGUCCGGCAUCUAAUUGCAAAGACCUCACCUGGGGAGGGGGUGGAUUAUUCACCGCAGGGACUACCUUCUGGACCUCCAUACGGAGAGCCAUGUGAGCUGCCCCCCAUCUCACGCCGCCCAACACUCCGAAGCUAAAGGGCGCCGCACACCUCGGAUUCCUUCCCCACUCCCCGGAUCCUCCACUUUCCGGACUCGCCGAGAGGGAGUCGCCGGGCUCGGCGCUCUUGCCCCCCUCGAGCGGCUUCGUCUCGGGGCGGCGUUAGGGCUGUGAGCGCGCCCCCCUGGUCCGGAGGCCGGCCGGCAGCACCCCCGGCGCCAUGGAUUACCUGUUUGGCUUCGUGGUGCUGCUGUGCGGGGCGGUGCAGCCGGGAAGCGGACUCGAGCCCAAGCACAAUGUACCCAGGCUAAAGCUGUCAUACAAGGAGAUGUUGGAGUCCAGCAACCUGGUGAGCUUCGCCGGGCUGGCCAACAGCUCGGGCUACGACGCCUUCCUGCUGGACGAGGAGCGAGGCAGGCUGCUGGUGGGCGCCGAGGACCACAUCUUCUCCUUCGACCUGGUCAACAUCAGCAGGGACCGCAAACAGAUCACGUGGCCCGCCACCCCCUCCAAGCGGGACGAGUGCAAGUGGGCAGGAAAAGACCUCGGGAAAGAGUGUUCAAACUUCAUCCGCGUGCUCCAACCCUACAACCAGACCCACCUUUUUGUCUGCGGCACCGGAGCCUUCCACCCCAUCUGCGCUUACCUGGAAAUGGGCAAGAAAGCCGAGGACAACAUCUUCCGACUCUCCUCCCAUUUUGAGAACGGGCGCGGGAAAAGCCCCUACGACCCCAAGAUGCUGUCGGUGUCGCUCCUGCUGGACGGGGAGCUCUAUUCGGGCACGUCGGCCGACUUCAUGGGCCGGGACUUCGCCAUUUUCCGAACGCUCGGGGAUCACCAUCCCAUCAGGACGGAGCAGCACGACUCCAGGUGGCUCAACGACCCGAGGUUCGUCGGCGUUCACCUGGUGCCCGAGAGCGACAACCCCGAAGACGACAAAAUCUUCCUGUUCUUCAGAGAGAACGCCAUGGACGGCGAGCACACGGGCAAGGCCACCAUCGCCCGCAUAGGACAACUGUGUAAGAACGACAUGGGCGGCCACCGCAGCCUGGUCAACAAGUGGACCACCUUCCUCAAGGCGCGGCUCACGUGUUCCGUGCCGGGCGUCAACGGCAUCGACACGCACUUCGAUGAGCUGCGUGAGUUUCCCCGCGCUCUUGAGUUUGCCCGAAAAAGCCUCUCAAAGACGUUGCUCACUAUUUUUUACCAUUUUUCAGAGGACGUUUUCCUGAUGAGCUCCAAAGACCCCAAGAAUCCGCUCAUCUACGCUGUUUUCACCACGUCCAGCAACAUCUUCAAAGGCUCCGCGGUGUGCAUGUACAACAUGGCCGACAUCCGCAGGGUCUUCCUGGGCCCCUACGCCCACAGAGACGGACCCACGUACCAGUGGGUGCCCUUCCAGGGCAGGGUGCCCUACCCCCGACCCGGAACCUGCCCGAGCAAGACCUUCGGGGGCUUCGACUCCACGAAAGACCUCCCGGACGACGUGAUCACGUUCGCCCGGGGCCACCCGGCCAUGUUCAACUCGGUGCACCCCAUCGGCGGGCGCCCCAUCAUGGUGCGCACCGACGUGGACUACCAGUUCUCCCAGCUGGUGGUGGACCGCGUGGAGGCCGAAGACGGCCAGUACGACGUCCUCUUCAUCGGCACGGAUGUGGGCACUGUGCUCAAGGUGGUGACCAUCCCCAGGGAGAGUUGGCAUGACCUGGAGGAGGUCGUGCUGGAGGAAAUGACCGUCUUCAGGGAGCCGACCACCAUCAGCGCAAUGGAGCUUUCAACCAAGCAGCAACAGCUGUACCUUGGCUCGUCACUGGGCGUGUCGCAGAUGUCCCUGCACCGCUGCGAGGUCUACGGGAAGGCCUGCGCCGAGUGCUGCCUGGCCCGGGACCCUUACUGCGCCUGGGACGGCACCGAGUGCUCCAGAUACUUCCCCACCGCCAAGAGGCGCACCAGACGGCAGGACAUCAGGAAUGGAGACCCGCUUUCGCAGUGCUCGGACCUUCAGCAUCACGAUGACGGCGACGGCUUGGGCGGCGGCCUCAGCGGCGUGGAGGACCGCGCGGUCUACGGCGUCGAGAACAGCAGCAUGUUCCUGGAGUGCAGUCCCAAGUCUCAGCGCGCGCUCGUCUACUGGCAGCUGCAAACGCCCGACGGCGAACGCAGGCACGAGAUCAAGAUGGACGACCGGAUUCUGCGUACGGACCAGGGCCUGCUGAUCCGCAGUCUGUCGCAGUCCGACACGGGCGUGUACCACUGCCAGGCGGUGGAGCACGGCUUCAUCCAGCCUCUGCUCCGCCUCAGCCUGCAGGUCAUCCCCGCCCACAGGCUGGGCGACCUCAUCCCGGGCCCGCCCGGCGCCGGGGCGCACCCCGCCGGCAAGCAGCGCGUGUGGUACCGGGAUUUCCUGUCGCUGCUGGAUCACCCGGACCUCAACAGCAUGGAGGAGUUCUGCGACCGCGUUUGGAAGAAGGAGCGCAAGCCCAAGAAGGCGAAGGCGCCCGACGCCAGCGGCCAGGCCGGCCCGCCGCUUCGGCCCAAAGCUUUGGCGCCGAAUGCCCAAAAGCUCCAGGCCGGCCCGCCGCCGCAGGGCAAAGUUUGGCACCAGGAGGGAGCCGAGGGGACUAACCAGAAAAGUCGGCCGAACUUGGGCAUGCUUAGCAACCAGCAACCCAAGAACCAACCCAAACCGCAGCAGGGCGGUCCGAAGGGCGCGGGCGCGGGUGCGGGGGCCCGAGCGGGGGCCCAGCACGCCGCCAAGUGGCGACGUGUGCAGGACAACAAGAAGGGACGCAACAGGAGAACCCACGAGCUGCAAAGACCCCCGAGGAGCGUUUGAGAGGGGGCCAAACACACAAAAAGAAGCACAAAGACGAGCACAUACGCAAGCACACACACACACACACAAAUUCUGUUGAUUGUGUCGCAAGUGUAGGAUUCAGUGACCUCUUCAUACACACACACACACACAAAGAAAUGCACACGAGCUGUGAAUGUUAGCAGCGGGGAAGCUAAGUGUAAAAACGUGUGAGGAUGCGGCCGGUCGCCAUGGAUACGGCCCAGCGGACGCUCACUCCUCCUUGUACAUACAUGAGCGAGUCGGAAUUCAAGGCGGGAAGCCGGCGGACGAUUCCAGGAGCGACAAAGAAGCACAUUCUCCGCGGGACUCGAGCAUGCGAUCUCGGCGGAAUGAAAGGAACUUUUUGCUCUGCUGAAAAGGAGUCGAGAACUUUCCGCGUCGCCAUCGGAGCAUCACGCGCAGCGGCGGCCGUCGUGCAUGUCGUCGUCCAUUCAUGUGUCAAAUAAGCUACUCAUUUUAGAAGCUUUUUUUUUGUUGUUGUUGUCGUUUUUACAGCCGACCUUUUUUUCUGUGAGCCGCACGACGCGGCCGUUCCCUCCGUGUAACUUAUUAAGUAGACCCGCAACACACGCGCACUGUUCAGUGUACAUAUAUCCGACAACCUUCUCUAUUUGUGUAUAUACCGUACAGGAAACGCCAUGUGAUCUUUAUUUAUUGCUCGUUUUGUGAAAGGGUUGCAUUUAUUUUUUUAUAUUAUGCUAUUUUUUUUUUUUUUUUUUUUUGGGUGGGCAAGGGGGUUGUCGGUAUGUUGGCGAAAGUUAAUAAAAUCUUUGGACCAACUGGCUGGAAUUAUGUCAAGUUAUCAUUUACAGAGCAGCAGACAAAUGCAGGUUAGUUAUAAGGCCUCGUCACAACCACCCCCCCCCCCACACACACACACUUUUGUUUUGCCUUACACAUCUUUGCACAUCAUUUACAUGUAAGAUACCACUCCCCCCCCUCCCUCCCCCCGAAGAAAAGCACUUCGAGCUGUGAAUCUCUGUAAGAAAUGGUGCAGACAAAUGUCCAGUUAGACGUUCUUGCAUGUGAAUGCCGCCUACAAUACUUUGAAUCUUUUUUUUUUUUUACUGUCUCGGUGUUUGUUGUGUGAGAGCUCCACUUUUCCCUCCAAACGUCAACAUUUAAAAGGCACGAUGAGCGCCCCCCCCCCCUCCCUAAAGCGCAACAACAACAACACGAGUCCCAGUUGAGUUUUGGGUUUGAACGCUGAAAGUGACUGC